AUAAACCCUGAACCUCUCACCCAACAAAUUUACAGAUAAGGCCAUUUUCUCCCCAUGGCGACAAUUUCCACGGAUCUCGUGUUGACCUUCUUCAGCCUUGCGAAGCACCACCGAGGCCUCCGAUUCCUGCCGUCUCCUUCCCUCUCCUUCCGUUCAACGAAGCGCGCCUCUCCCCUGCACGCGCGCUCUCUCGCCGUUGGAUCUUUAUCGCCUCCGAUCGCCGGCGCCACGUGGCGGUCGAAGCGUCGUUCUCCGCGCGCUUCGGCGGCGGCUCCGACGACCGAUGAGGGAUCGGAUGUGACGACGAAGAUACCGCCCGAUAAUCGCAUCUGCGACUAUAUUACUGGAUUUCUCGGUUCCGGCAAGACAACUUUGUUGAAUCACAUCUUGACUGCUGACCAUGGAAAGCGCAUAGCAGUUAUUGAGAAUGAGUUUGGUGAAGUUGAUAUUGAUGGUUCUUUGGUUGCUUCAAAAACUGCGGUAGCUGAAGAUAUAGUUAUGCUUAAUAAUGGCUGUCUUUGCUGCACCGUGAGAGGUGACCUUGUUCGCAUGAUCGCUGAAUUGGUUGACAAGAAAAAGGGAAAAUUUGAUCACAUUGUAAUUGAAACUACAGGCUUAGCAAAUCCAGCACCUAUUAUUGAAACAUUUUAUGCAGAAGAUAAGAUUUUCAAUGAUGUCAAGCUGGAUGGUGUUGUGACUUUAGUUGAUGCCAAGCAUGCACGCUUCCACCUUGAUGAGGAAAAGCCGAAAGGAGUAGUGAAUGAGGCAGUUGAGCAGAUUGCAUAUGCAGAUAGAAUUAUAGUGAACAAGGUUGACCUCGUUGGUGAUUCGGACAUUUCUACUUUGGUCCAACGAAUAAAGAAUAUCAAUAGCAUGGCGCAUUUGAAGAAGACUGAGUAUGGAAAAGUUGAUUUGGAUUAUGUACUUGGAAUCGGAGGCUUUGACUUAGAGAGGAUAGAGAGUGUUGUCAAUCAUAAAGAUUCAAAAGACGACCACUCAGAGCAUGAUCAUGAUCAUGACCUCAGUCAUCACCAUGAUCAUCAUAAUCACAGUGAACAUGAUCAUACUCAUGGUGCGAAUGCAGGUACGCGUACUGGUACGCGUAUGGGUACGAGACGCAACAAAUUUGUAAAAGAUCAUCAUGCUCAUGAUCAUACCCAUGAUCCUGGUGUCUCUUCUGUAAGCAUUGUAUGCGAAGGAAGCUUGGACCUGGAAAAGGCUAACAUGUGGUUAGGUACGUUAUUGAUGGAGCGUAGUGAUGAUAUUUAUCGAAUGAAGGGCCUCCUCUCUGUUGACGGUAUGGAUGAGAGAUUCGUAUUUCAGGGAGUUCAUGACAUCUUCCAAGGUUCACCUGAUAGAUUAUGGGGCCCAGAAGAACCUAGGAUCAACAAAGUUGUUUUUAUUGGUAAGAACCUUGAUGCUCAAGAAUUGGAGAAGGGAUUUAAAACUUGCUUGUUGCCGCAGUGACUCUAAAAAAAAAGGCCUUCAAUUCUUGUUGAGGUAAUGGAUUGCUCCUUGAUAUAGAUAAGAGUUUUCUGGUGAUAGGAGCCUUAAUUUUAUUUUAUCACUAUUUAAAGGGAUUACAACAAAGUCUACAUGGACUUGGCCCCUGAAUCUUUUGAACUAGAGAUUCUCGCUUUAUAGGAUAGGGAAGAGUAUUUUUGAUCCGUGUAGAGUUUUUAAGAUUAUUUUUGAAAACUGUAUUCCAAAUUUACUAUGUACUGAAAUAAGUAAAUGUCUUUAAGCGCAUGCAUGUUUGUGAAUGCAUUUUUUCUUUUCUUUUUCUCU